CUACCUACAUAAAUUGGCUGAAAACUCAAUUGAUGAAAUGUGUGUACGACAUACAAACAAUUGAGAAGUUUGAGGAAUGUUGGGUCGAGUUUAUUAACACAUACGACUUACAUGAGAAUACGUGGUUGAAGAGUUUAUAUGCAGAGCGUGAGCAUUGGGUACCGGUAUUCCUUUGAGAGCACUUUUGGGCUGGAAUGAGUACAACCUAGCGUAGCGAGAGUAUGGAUGUUUUUUUUUUACGGUUAUAUUCAUUCAAAGACAAACUUGAAGGAGUUUGUCGACCAGUUUGACAAUGCGUUGAGGACGAAAAUUGAGAAUGAAAAUCAUGCGAAAUUCCAGUCAUUUAGCCAAACCAUUCCCUGUGUAUCUAGAUCCCCAAUUGAAAAGAAAUUCCAAGAGAUGUACACUAACGCUAAAUUUAGGGAAGUUCAGUAGCAAAUAAUAGGUGUGCUCGAUUUGAAUCCAUCUCUACUUACAUCAGAUGGUGUAUUGAAGAGUUAAUUGGUAGAAGAUGAAGUUCGUAUUGAGGAGUUUAGUAAACUGGUUAAAUAUUCAGUGGACUUUAAUGAGAAAGACUGCAAUGCUAAGUGUUCAUGUGGGUUAUUUCAGAUGAGGGGGAUAUUGUGUAGGCAUAUUUUGGCUGUAUUUAAAGCUAACGGUAUAAAAUCAUUGCCAGACCGGUACAUUCUAGACCGAUGGAGGAAAGACAUUAAGCAGAGAUACACAUUAAUCCCCAAUAGCUAUGACGAAGGGGAUCAGAGGCCAAAUGGUAAUAGAUAUUCAAUUCUGUUGAAUAUGUGUUAUGGGAUGAUAACUUAUGCGGCGGAUUCUAACGAGCAAUUUGAAGAUGUAAAGAAGAGGAUACACGAGAUGACUGAAUGUUAUUGCGAGCAGACAUGUAACUUAUCUUUGACCCAAACAGGUUCAAAUGUUGGUUUUGAGACACUGGACACAGCUGCAGUUGGUAGUUCACAACAAGUCAAGAGUCCACUUGUUGUCAAAGGGAAAAGAAGACCCCCAUCUUUGAGGAGAGCAUCCAGGAUGGAGACUGAGUUGCGGAAGGUUAAAUCCAAAAAGAAAAAAGCACCCAAAGUUAGAGGAAAACUCAAACAGCGUGAUGAAGGAGAUACAUCGGAAGGAGAUACACCAGCCAUGGGCACGCACAGGAAUUUAUUUGGGCCAUCAGAAGUAGAUAUCAUAAAUUCCGAUCUAGACAGCUUAGCUUUUGACUGUAGUGGAACCCAGCACCGAGAAACAUUGAUUGGUAUCCAAGAAAGUGUAACAUUUCUGAACUUUGCAUAAUUUAAUUGUCAUAUUUAUAUGGAUUAAUAUUUGCAUAUUAAUCCUAGCAUAUUUUUUUGGGUUGGA